AUGGUAGGCUCAAACAGUCAAGACAGGUCCGACAAGGCAGAGCAAUCGGCCUCUACUGGAGAGAAGCACCAGACAGAUCACGACUCCUCCGACGUGAAACGGACCAAGACGGAGAGACAAACGACCCUCGACGAUUCCCUUGACAAUGGCAAAGAGGAUAACGCUGCCGACCCCAGGAGCGAGAAGAGCAAGCAUCCAAAGCCCGCCAAGGAGGAGAGCCAAGACGCCGUGCAGCCAUCCGAGGAACCGCACGUCCCGUCCAACAUUCUCGAAAAGGGCAUCUUCUAUUUCUUCGUGCGCGGCCGCGUGGGCAUUGACGAGAUUGAAAAAGUCGACGACGUGGCGCGAAGCUACAUCCUCCUGCGCCCCAUCGACAAGGACGCGAAGCUGGGCGAGGGACCCAUCGGAGACUCGAGAACCACGCGACUGAUGGCGCUGCCCAAGAAAGCGUUGCCAUCCAGCGGCAAGGACCGCUUCAUGGCAUUUGUAGAAAUGUCGAGCCCAUCGUACGACGAACUCAAGCGCAAGUUCCUGGCGUCGGACGACUACGAAACCAAGACGGCAGGCACGAGACACACGCCUGCCGCGACGCCGGUUGGCGAGGGCGUCUAUGCCAUUACCACGACGGGGCGCGAAAGCCAUCUUGCCUACAUGACUACACUGCCGGAGAAGCUCGGGUCUGUGCAGACGAAGCUGGGCCUGAAGGAUCAGGGCAGCUUCGUUCUGAGUACCAAGAACCCCCAGCACAAGGGUCCGGCAAAUGCACGUUUGCCAAAGGGGCCCGAGUUCCCCGAAGAAAUCAUCAAAGAGUUCCGAUCGCUCCGCUGGCUCCCCUCGCGGCCCGAACAUCUCAACUACGAGAACGCGCAGCUUCUCCUGAUUGGCGAAUCCUCGGGCCUCGACAAGGCGGUCGAGCCGCAGGAAGAGGACAAGGAGAAUGGCAAGGAAGAGCCACUGGAAGUCUUGGGCCAUCUCGAAGAGGAGGACCUCGAAAGGAUGCGGCAUCUGCCGGGUGGUGAAUCCGAGUCGCUGUUUGCCGACCUGCAUGCACACGCCAAGGAUUAUCCCAAGCUCCAAACAACAUUUUAG